AGAAAUUGACCCAAGCUCCUUGAAAAAUCCUCCGACUCUACUCCUUGUGUUGACACAACUACACAGCGGUCUUCAUCUGUUUGAAAAUCGUUUUUUUGUGGUAGUAAGUUCGACCACAAUAAACUUUGACAAAGAGAAAACUGCUAAAAGCUGCAACUGCUAGUCCAACUACAGUAUCCGCUUUUCGACCCGAAGUUAUCUAACUUAAAGCCUUAACCGGUUCCUUUUCUGUUCAACACACCUUGAACUUCAACGUAAAACUUCCACGACUAGUCUACUCUCUGAAAAUGUCGUCCGCAUCCCAACAGCAGCCUGCUACCCCUGUCUCAGUGCCGGUCCCGCAGCCGUCCGCUGCGCCGGCCCCGGCCUCCCAGCCGGUUGCUGCGUCGGCUCCCGUGCACCAGCAGCAGUCGACCUACGUUCCCCACAGCACCGCUCCGGCCCCGCAACAGCAACCCACGGCCCCGCAGCCGCAAACUACCUACGUUUCGGCCGCACCCCCCGCGCCCCCGCAGACCCGCUACGUCUACGCUCAGCCGGCCACUACCGUCGUCGUCGCUCCGGCGCCCGUGGUCGGGUGUCGCGACGAUACUAACCCUAUCGGGGCCUUCGGCUGCGACAAGCGCGUAGAGCCGAACUGCUGCGUUUCCCUCUGUUGCCCCGGGUGCACGAUCACGAACUAUGAGGGGUUGAGCAUCGCCGCCAUCCUUGCCUGGAUUCCGUUCUUCUCGAUCGGGUUCUGGCCCAUCUCCAUCAUGGGGUGCUUCGCCGCCUGCUGCUGGACCCCGCCGAUCUGGGGUGUGCACUACAACGUGAACCGCGCCAAGCUGGGUGCCCCCGUCCAGGCCGCGCCGGCCGGGCAGACGGUCACCUACGUCGCCGCGGGAUCGGACACGCAGGUGCUCCCGGAAGGCUGGGAAAACAAGGCGGCCCCGUUCCCCGAGUUCCUGCAGGAGGACGAGGACCUGUAUUCUUCCUCGGAAGAGGAGCCUCUCGUCUAAGAAAAUCAAAAUUUGUGAUGAACAAAACGGCGAGGAGAGAUUGCUAGAAGGAGACGUGUUUAUACUUGCAGUUGAAAGUAGGAUGAACUACAACAAGAAGCAUACAGCAUGUACAAUUUAGUGAAGAUAAUUGCGCAUAGGCGUAUUUUUACACGCGCUACGAAGGGUGAAACUUUGUAUAGCUUCCGCUGGUAUGAUUGCGCCUUAGAAACGAUUGCGCUCCACGGGGGCAAUCACCCGUCGAUGUCAAGUUAUACUAAAGUUUUCCCGUUUUCGUUUGCACCUUUUGGAAUAUUUUCAACAUCAAGAAAAUCUUUACACUUUUCAAUGGACGUCGGAUGCUUUUUUUUUUCGUUUUGGAACAAAGGUGACGAGUAAGUACAGGAGUUUCUCAACAUCAUACAUAGUGUUGCAACGAGUGACUGCUCGUACAGUCCCGAGUGACUUUUCGUACAGUCACUCGCUGCAAUAUGAGUCGACCAUGUAGUUGUACUUAAGGAAAUUAUUGAAGGAGGUGUUUUUACAUACGACAGUCUCAGUCACCAUAAAUACGAGCCUAGAAAGUAAUACACAACCCUGAUCCGCCCCGAUUGAAACGUCAAACCACCCUGUAUGAUGUAGAUGAUGGUAGGACAGCGUUGCUUCCAGCGUCGUUCUCAACGAUCAUCAAAAACCCCUUUUUCGGUUACUUGAGAUGUCGUUUUGAGAGUCAUG